AUGGCUACUCCAGCAGUUGAAGUAUUUGCGAAUGACGCGUUAAUUACCAACCUUGUCAAGCUCAGAGACACUUUCCCCGGUGCUGUAGUGUAUGAUGAAUAUGGCAUUGAAGCGGAUUAUGAGGCUCUUCUCGAUGAUGUGAUGCAUUUGCGUCAGGUCUUGCGCACAAAGCUUUCUCCAGAUAGUUUGGAUAGCAGAGGCCUUUUGCGACCGGGAUCGAAACAUAUUGCUACUAUGACAGUCAGCGUUUAUUACUUCAUCGUCAGCUUCAUCGCAAUUGCCUCUUUGGGGGGAGCAUCGGUACCAUUGUCACCCACGGGCAGUCUCAAUGAUACUGCCUUUUCUGUGAGCAAAGUAUACGCCUGUUGCAUUCUGUUUGAUCCCUGGACAGUUGAGCAGUUCCUUCUGGUUAAGGACCAUUUCGAAACAACACCAGACAAGAGGAUCAAUACCAUCCAAAUGGAACGAGCAGAGAGAUCUUCAAUUUCACCUCAUAUUGAAGUGGAUGAGUCUCUGACUAUCUCUGAGAGCGAUACAUGCCUAAUCAUGUUUUCCUCUGGCACCACCGGCAAGCCAAAAGGCAUAGCUCUUCCCCGCAAGGCAUUUUUCAUCAAUCUUAAAAUGAACCCCACCGCUGUAUUCAUGACAUACCGUCCGGUCCACUGGAUGGGGAGUGCAGCAAGUCCCUUGGCAAACGUUAUGAGGGGGGUCAGAGUCCGUGCCUUGAAGCGUGGGGCCGAUCCAGGCCGAAUCUGGGAUGUACUCAAAGAAGGCACAAUUACUAUGACCUCUCUAACCCCUGUUCGGCUCAAAGCCAUGAAAGAUUUUUAUCACUCGACAAUUUCUCAUUUGCCGUCUGAAGAACAUGACAAAUAUAUCUCCGGGGCCUCAAAGCUGCAAUCUGUCUUUUCUAGUGGCUCCGUUCUGAACCCCUCUACAGUGCAGUUUUGGAAAAAUCUCACCAACAUGCCCAUCAGCUCUGUUUUUGGGAUGACAGAGCUGGGAUGCGGAAAAUUUGGAACCUCGCCUGGCAGCCCUUUUGUUGAGCAAUGUAUUGGGGAGCCCAUUCCGGGUCUCCUUGUGAAGCUGUCUGAUGGGGACACUGGCCAGCUCUUGGUCAAGUAUCCUGGGAUGUUCACCCACUACAUUGGUGAUGAGGAGGCUACUAAGGCCGCCUUCGAUGAAGAAGGAUAUUUCAAAACUGGCGAUGUGGUUCGUCGCGAUGGAAAACAAUACAUCUUCCUUGGGAGAGGUUCAAGCGAUUUAUCAGUUCUUGAAAUGGAACAGCGCCUUCUUAAUCUGCCAUACGUGACCGAGGCUCACGUACUUCCUAUCAUGGACUAUGAAGCUAGAGAGUUGGUGGCGGCGCUCAUUCGUCUGGAACCUGGUCACGAUGGAAUCAACCUUGAAAAGAUCCGUGCCGAUCUUUCCCCAACGACGGAAUCUUACAAGUUACCCAGAGUUCUACGGAUUCUGCAAGAAGGGGAGAUCACUCCUGUGACAGGUUCGGAAAAAAGUGGGAAGGCCCAAAUUCGAGAGAAAUACUUCAAGGUGGCGGGUUAUCGACCCAGCGACUAUGCUGUGCCUGGUGUGGAAUUCUACGGAAAUGAGACAGGCCAUUAUUUUGCUCAAGGAUCAAAGACUGGAGAACCUUCCAGGACAGCGUGA